CUUAUUGUUAAAAAAUUAUUUUUUUUACAGAAUCUAAAAUAGUCAUAAAUAAAAAUAAUAAUCAUGUCUUCUGAAGGAGUUUUAUCUGUUUUGGCAAAGUUUCACAGAGAUUAUGAAGUUUCAACUCCUCAAAAAUUGAAGCUCAUUGACUGUUAUCUCGUUUACAUUCUCGUUACUGGAGUGUUACAGUUUGUCUACUGCGCCCUAGUGGGAACAUUUCCUUUCAAUUCAUUCCUGUCCGGAUUCAUAUCAUGUGUCGCUUCUUUUGUAUUGGCAGUAAAUCUCCGACUCCAGGUGAACCCACAGAACCGUAAAGAAUUCCGUAACAUCGCACCUCAGCGAGCAUUUGCAGAUUUCAUAUUCGCUCAUGUUGUUCUUCAUCUUGUUGUCGUCAACUUUAUUGGCUGAAGAUUGAAGGUCAAAUCAAGAUCCCAAGAAAUAUCACAAAGAUAUUGAACUUCUCGUGCCGAAGCACUUUCAACACUUUUACAUAUAUUUUAGUAAUUGCUUUGAAAGUAAAUAUUAUUGAAUAAAACCUG